AUGGCGGUUAAGCGUGAGCUGUUACUGCCGCCAUACAACGAGUAUGUGCAUGAGGAGGACCUCUUUGACUUCAAAGAGCCAUGGGAGAUUUGGGAAGAAUAUGGAGGAGAUGACCACUUUAAUCAAGACUUAUAUUUCUUCUGCGAGCUCGAGAGGUUAUCCCCGACUGGUUUGCGCAUCCGUCGCAACAUUGGGGAAGGCAUUUGGAGCGAAAAACAACCCACUAAGCUGGUUUACAAUGAGGACGGACACCCUAAUCCUAUGGGGAGGAAGAAAAUGUUCCUGUACGAGAAUCGAGGGUCGGAGGAGCACGGAGGGUGGAUUUUAGAUGAAUAUAGUCUGCUUGUUGGUGCUGACGGCCGUGCUCAAACGGCCUCAAAGGAUCGCUACGAAUUUCCUUCUGUGAUUUGCCGGCUGCGGAAGAAUGACAAAAGUGGCGGGAAGAAGAAGAGAAACAACUGA